CCUGUUUUAUAGGCGGCGCUUUACACUUGACAGCACAGUGUCACUACAGAAGCUUUUGGCGCUAAUGGCUAUUUUGUCCUAAUAGGACGCCAUGAGGAAAAAAGGAAUGUGACAUUAAUGUUUUGCAUGUUACAUUGAGUGUAGUGUGUUUUGGACAUUUCACAAUGAUAAUUUGAUAACAGCUAACUGUGCAGAGUGUAGAAAACAACAACAAACAACAGAAUGAGUCGACAGAGCCCGGGCAUCAGCCCAGCAAGUUCAAUGAGCUCUUUGUCGGGUAGCCUGACUCCACGGGACAGCACUGGCCCACUGUCCCCGUCGAUUCAGGGUGCCCAAGGAGGGGGGAAGAAAGGCGGCGGUGGCAUACAGAAGCAGAUUCAGCAGUUACAAGAUGAACAAGAAAGAGUACAGAAAAAGACAUUCACAAACUGGAUGAACUCAUAUCUCAAACAGAAAAGUCCUCCUUUGAAAGUUGAGAAUCUGUUUGAAGACAUUAAAGAUGGCGUGGUAUUACUAUCACUUCUUGAGGUCCUUUCCGGAGAAAAACUUCCAAUGGAACGAGGGAAGUUGAAGCGUGUCCACUAUGUUAGUAACCUCUCAACGGCACUGAAAUUCCUAGAAAGUAAAAAGAUCAAACUUGUAAAUAUCAAUGUGUCGGACAUAGCAGACGGCAAAGCUUCCAUUGUACUCGGUCUCAUCUGGACCAUCAUUCUCUAUUUCCAGAUUGAGGAGACAAUGGUAGCACAAUCAUCACAGAAUGUCGAGGGUGAACAGAGGCCCCUGUCUGCCCUCGAUAAAUUCCGCAUGAAUGCCAAGAAGGCCCUCCUGGCCUGGACAGAAAAUGCAAUUACAAAACGUUACGGUAUUGAGAUAAAAGACUUUGGGAAGAGUUGGCGAGACGGUUUGGCUUUCAAUGCUAUAGUUCACACAAUUCGACCAGACUUGGUAGACAUGGAGGCUGUUAAACGACAAAGUGCUAGAGUGAACCUCGAGAACGCUUUCUCUACUGCAGAAAACCAUCUCGGCAUUGCACGUCUUAUUGAUCCAGAAGAUGUUGAUGUAGCAAAGCCAGACGAGAAAUCCGUGAUGACGUACGUUGCUCAAUUUUUAAAGGCAUAUCCUGAAGCAGGAGAGGACCCAGCCUUACGUAAGAAGAUUAAAACACCAGCAGAACAAGAGAUGGCAGAUUAUCAGGACUUGAUGACCUGGUGCACGACAGAGGCGGAGGAGGUGUUACAGAUAGUGGAACAGCCAGUCACUGAUAGACAACAGGAAUAUAUGGAUUACUUAGCUUUCAAAGCAGAAGUUGAUAGAAGAGGAAAUGUAUAUAAAAAACUUGAAGAAAAAGUGAAAUCAGGAAAAGCUGUAAGAAUUACACCAGAACAAUUUGCACCUCUUGAAGAGGUCUGGAAAAAAGUAGUUCGGCAAACGAGACUUUGGUUGUGGAAACUUGAUGCCAGUUUACCAGGAAAAUUGGGUAAAUUUGGCGAUUGGUUAAACCAGGCGGAAGAAAUUCUUGAACAGGAGGAAGAUUUGUUGGAAAAUCCUGAAGAAAUGGCCACACAACUUGGAACUAUUUUACAGGAACAUAAGAAAUUCUUUAAAGAAUUGGAACCAAAUAGACAAUUUUUCAUGCAAGUGAAGCGUGCAGGUCGGUAUGAGGGCGAGUUCCUCCCGCCACCACAGAUAGAAAACCUAUACCAGAGACUGCAGGUAGUGGUUGCCAUGGCACCAAAACGUGAAAGACGACUCGAGUACGAGGAAAUGAAAUACCAACUCCUUGCAUACCUUGUAGCAUCAGAAAACAAAUUGAAAAUUUGGACAGUGAAAUAUGGUCGCCAGGAGAGUGUGGAGGAGUUGCUUGCUGAUUAUAAAGACUUUGUACAUAAUGGAAACUUAUUCAAGAACUAUGACAAAACUUAUGACACCUGUAAGAAACAUGCAGAUGCAUACAGAAAAGCUAAAAUUGACAAAGAGGAAGUAGAGAGAAUAUCUAAUUACUUUGAUGAAGUAAAUGGUCGAUGGAAGAAAGUUUCUGUGGAGAUUAAAAGUGUACAGUCAAUGUUAGAGGAAGUGAUAGAUUGCUGGAGGAAAUACAAUGCUUGUGUAGAUGUAUUAACAGUGUGGUUGAACGAUGGCGAGAAAAUCAUGUCUAGAUCUACUGAAGAAAAACAGCAAUUUUUCUCUGACCUCCCAGACUUUGAAGAGAAACACAAAAUCCUCAACGAGGCAGGAAACUUCCUCAUAGAAACAACAGAGGAACCUGUUGCUGUGGAAAUCAAGCAGACGUUACUGAUGAUCAACCGGAGAUUUAAGGACCUCGUUGACCAGUUCCAACAUUUCAAGCAGGUAGAGGUUGUUGGAAAGGCAAGGAAAGAGUACAAUGAUGGUCUGCUCCGGUUAACUCAGUGGCUUAAGGAAGCAGAGGAACUCGUUGCACGAGAAGUUCCGUGCAAACAUGCGGUGCUGAAGGAUUAUCUCAAUGAAAUCGAUAAAUAUGGUGCUCAAAUUCCCUCAAUAGAAAAUGACUUCAAAGUAACGACAAAAACAGCUCAAUCUCUGGUCAAAGAAAGCUCACAAGAUGUUGUCACGGAGAUGUUACAGUCACUCAAUAUUCAAAAAGAGGUGCUAGUUAGACUGCGCAAAGAAAUUCCUGACCGAGUGAAACAUUUGAAGGCUGUGUUACCAAAUAUAGAAUCUCUCGAGACUGGACUUACAGAUCUGAAUAAAUGGUUGGAUAAUGGAGAAGCUCUCCUUCAGUCACACAAACUGGAUGGUACCCAGGAAGAGACAGAACAAAGGCUUGAAAAACAUAAGGCCUUCUUCUCUGAGAUUACAUACCAGAAAUCCAUUGUUGAAAGUAAAAACAAGGUAUACCAGAAGGUGAACACAUCAAAACCCAAGUUAAAAAAUGUUGACUUUGCAGUGAUUGACCAACCUGUAGAAGAAAUGAACCAAAGAUUCCAGAUGUGUGUAACAAAAGCCAAAGAUUGGGAAAAGAAGCUGGAUAAUUUAUCCCGGCUUUGGCGGGUCUUACAUCAAAAACAGCACACCCUUGAGGCUUGGCUUGAUCAGGCGCAGGCUGUUCUUGAAGAUACUGAAGAUGACUAUGAGAGUAUUAUACGUAAACAUAAAGCCUUCUUUGUGCGUGUAGAUGAACGCAUGUUGCAGGAUUACCUGCAUGCAUGUCAAGACAUUCUUGUCGUCCUGGAGGAGGAAGAUCGGCCGGCUCUAACCGAGUCAAUGGAAAAUAUUCAACAACGUUGGGAGCAAAGCCAAACAGUAGCUCCAAUAAAACUGAUCAAACUAGAGUUUGCCGUUCAGGAAGAGAAAUUCCUCAGUCUAGUCGAGAAUGCAGAGAAGACUAUAAAUGAGCAACGUCAGAAACUUCAGCGGAGAGAAAAUGUCAAGGAAACAUUACAAAAACACAAGCAAAUGUUCCACCAGGGUGACUUCCAGAAGACGUGUUUGAAGUGUUUAGACACUAUGGAUAACCUGUCAAAAGACUUGGUACGUCAUGACAGCAGAGAUAACACAUUGAGGGACCAGUAUGAUAUCCAUAUAGAACGUUGGAACAAACUCAAGGAAGCCAUGGAUGCUACACUGUUGUCAUUGAAACAGUUACCAGAGAGAUGGAAGGAAUACAAUGCCAAACUUGGAGAAUUUGUUGGAUUUGUGGAACAAAUUGAAGAUCUGCAGAAGAAGUUACAGAAGGAAGAUCUUACCAAUGAGGAAUACAAAGAUCUCCAAGCUCAGUUCCAGAAAGCCUUGAAGAACAUGAAUAAGGCAGGUGAGGACGCCAAAUGGCUGAAGAACAACCUAGAAGAACUUCUUGCUGACUCGGACGAUACAGAUGCUCAACGUGAACGCAGAAAACUCGAAGACAUGAUGGCGAGAUUCAACAACUUGAUACCAAAUAUGGAGAAGACCAAUGAUAAAUCAGCAGUAUUUUCAAAGGCGUAUGAUUUCCGUGACGGGAUGGCUAAGCGGUCAAGCUGGCUUGAUGACGCUCAGAAGCAAGUCAUGGAUCAGCCGUUCAUUGAUGGCCUCGAGGAUGCUCGUACUUAUCUACAUGAACAUGAGAAUUUGAUGGGUAAAUUGGAUGCAGAGAGGGCAUCAAUCAUGGCUGAUAUUGAGGCGGGCAAACGUUUACAGAGAGAUCGCAAUGCUCCGUCAUUUAUUGCCAAAAAUAUCCAGGAUCUUGAGCGAAAACUGAAAGAUACAAAUGAACUGGCUAAAGCUAAGCAUACAAAAUUAAAGAAAAAUGUUGGUGACUGGGGUAUGAAAAUGAGAAAAAUGGAGUUGCAGCAGACAUUAAACAAAUUGAAAGGCAGCUUAAAUGAGGUCCAGAAACUGAACGCCUUGCUCUGUGAGGGUGCGAGUCGAGAGAGACGAGGCCCGUUGAAGGGAGAAAUGACAGAUAUAGACAAGAGACUUGAUAAUGUGUCUGUUCGUCUGAAUGCCAAGUUGGCAGAUCUUGAAGCAACCAUUGCUAAAUGGACAGAAUAUUACAAACGUCUUACCCAUUUCUGUGACUGGUUGAAUGAGAAAGAGGAAAAACUAAAUGAAGUCUAUGAAAAUAAAACAAGCACACCAGAAGAUCAGCUUGAGCAAGCAAAGGAAAUUUCCACUGAAGUUUAUGAAAACCAUAUCACCCUGGAAAAUCUUGAGAAAGAUGCACGAGGUCUGUCACAGAACUUCAGAUCUCGAGAAACUGCUGCUCUCAAAUCUAAGCUUUCUACUGUAAGACGUCAGUGGGAGAGUCUCUGUGCAAGGGCAAAGGACCGUAGCUCUGCCCUCUCAGGCAGUGUGGCACACUGGCAGAUGUACCAGAAUCUGGCACAGGAUUUGAUGCCAUGGAUCCUGAAAGCAGAGAAAUACUGUGCCACAGAACUUCCUAAAUGUGCUAGCAUGGAAGAGGCCAAAGAACUUUAUGAUUUACAUCAGGGAUUCUUACAUGAAUGUGAAGCAAAUCUCCCAAUAUUUGAGAAAAUGACCACAGAGGCUGGCUAUAUCCUUGACCAACCAAACAUGCAGAAAGAGCUUGAGACCCUGCAGAGGCGCUGGAAUGAUGUGAUUUCGGCCUCAGAGGAGCGAAGUCAUAGAGUGGACAAGAUGCAGGGAGCCUGGGUGGCAUAUAACCAGGAAGCUAACAACAUUGAAGAAAUUCUUGAGAAGUUUGAGAAUCGCCUGGCCCAGGAACCAAACAUUAAUUCCACAGACCCUCAGGUCUUGGAACAUGAACUCGCUCUCUGCAAGACAUUACAAGAAGAGGUGAGAAGCCAGCAGCCCCACUUGAACGCCUUACACCGUCAGUUUGAGCAGGUGAAACAACACGCGACUCCAGAUGGAAUACGUGACCUGAAAGACAGACAGGACAGUGUGAAGGCAAAGUGGGAUAAGGUCACAGCAGAUACCACCGAGCGACAGAACAUGCUCAAUGGUGCUCUCAGACAUAGACAAAACUUUCUCGGCAGACUCGGUGAAUUUGAGAAAUGGAUUAAAAAGACACAAAGGAAAUUGGACACUGGUAGUGAGAUAUAUUCCGACGAAGUCGGUGAAACUAUGCAGAAGCUUAAAGCUCUGAAGCGUGAAUGUGAUGAAAAUGAACCGGCAUUUAAUGCCUUAUGUGAUGAAUUUAAAGAACUUAUAGCUAACUGUAAUGAUGAUGAGGCAGCUAUACUGAGAGAUAGGUUUGACAGGGUGAUGGGAGGAUACACUAAAAUAGACGAUUUGUUGAAAAAUCGGGAAGAAUUGUGCGAGAAAUGGGAUGAAUACCAAACUUCUCAUAAAGAUGCUCAAGCUAAACUGAAAACACUUCAAAAUAAGUUAGCAUCACCUAAUAUUAAAGAGGAAGAAGUUGCUAAAAUAAAUGCUGAAGUGAAAGCUCUCAGAGAAGAUAUGGGACAAUGGAUGAAUGAAGCAGACUCAUUAGAUGAGCUCAUGGCAACUUCACAGUUAACUAUUAAAGAUCGUGCAACUCAAAGAACUUUACACUUUGGCUCAGAAUUACAAGCACUUGACUCAAUGUGUGACUCUGUAUUAUUUAACUCCAAGCAAAAACAAGAACAUCUUGGUGAACUUGCUCAGUUGUGGGCAGAAUUUGAGUCAAAACAAGCAGAACUUGUUGAUAAACUAGGUGAUGUUGGUGAAAGAAUUGGAACAGCAGCUGUUGAUAAAUCUAGUCUCCAAGGUGUGAAAGAUCUUGUAGAGAAAUUGACUGGGAUUUUGUAUGACACAGAGAUGAUGUUUGCACAACCUGAUAUGAGAACUCAGAGAACUGGUCGUCAGAAAUGCGGCGAUCAAGAAAUUCUGUGUACAUGGCCUACAAGUGAUGAGUCCUGGAUGGUGCACGCUGCGACAACCCAGUAUUACACUGUAGCAAUCUUGGCACAUUACAUGACCUGA